UCCCUUUUUUUUUCUUUUGCUUGCCUGCAGGUGCCAUCUGAGGAAGCUGUCUUUGAAGCUGUUAUUUCUUGGGUAAAGCAUGAUGAAAGUAAAAGAAAGGAUUCCCUGUCUAAAAUGAUGGAGUUUGUUCGCAUGCCACUCCUAACCCCACGUUAUUUAACAGACACAGUCGACAAUGAAGUGAGUUAUAUAUACUUGUGUUAAGUAAAGUGAAAAUCACACACCUGGGGUCCUUCAAAUUACAGGCGAGCCUCCAUCUCCCAUAAGACACCACCUCACCAAAACACCAAAAGCAAUUUGCCUGUCAAAGCAUAACCUGCGCCUGCGUAGCAAGCGUUUCCUUUUGGUUUCAGGGCAAAGAAAGACCGAGAAAUGGAACGAGAGUCAUUUUUGGCGUAGAUUGUCGCGUAAAGUUCGAGUUUACUACGAGUAGUCCCCAUUUUUCCUCAGAGAUAGUAGAGCGAGCGAAACCCGAGCGCGCGUGAAAAUCACCCCACGCGAGAAAGGCGACUACUCAUAGUCUAUUUUUGGCAUGUUCUUUGACUCUUGUUCCUCAUUCUUUGCUCCUAAACCGCACGGAAACGCUUGCUACACAGGCUAGUCAAAGCAAUAAAGUUGGAACCAACGUCCUUUAAGGUGGUUUGAUAGGGUUUUUCCAGGGUCAGUUCCCUCCCAAGUUUGAGGAUAAACAACUUCAUCAUUAACAAAGAUUUGGAAAAAUUAACACUACAGCUGUAUUAGAAGAAAAUUAUUUUGUCAAGCUUUAUUAGGCAAGAUCAAAGCGAAAAAAAAAAUGAAAAUCUACAAACAUAAAUAAUUAAAGCCCAAAAGGGAUGGGCAUGAACGGGUCACUCAGACACAUGCGGGGUGCCCACUCUAGGAAAAUAUGAUCAGGGUUAUAAUGACAUCGGAGUUGCCAUAGCAACGAAAUGACGCCAUUACUUAUUUUACUUGCAGCUGGGAACUUUUCUUCCAAUGAUCGCCUCGAUGUUCGUAAAGGUUAAGCGAAAUCUGUAAGAACGUUAUGGAGAUUUUUUGAGGUGAAGUUUUCAUGGUUAGAAAUACGUUGAAAACUGGACAAUCUUGAUGUUUGCCCGUGUUUGAAAUGCAAUUUCAACUCAUAGUAGUUUUACUCUUUUUAGAAACGUGUAUGAAAGACCAUGGAGAUCGCUCUAGCCGAUUGCUAGAAGGAUUUGAUUAUUAUCAGAAGCUGCAAGCAUAUAUAUAAUUAUUAUUAUAUCGAUGUCAUUGUAACCCUGAUCAUAACAAAUUUCCAUCUUUUAUCUAAUACAACUGUGGUGGUAAUUUUGCCAAAUUUUUCUUAAUGGCUUUAUAGUUUAUGCUCAAACUAGGGAGGUGUUGACCAUGAAAAACCCUAUCGAGCCACCUUAAAUGACCAUCUACUUAGAACGGCAAGUUUUUCUCAGUCAAAGCCCUCUCAGUUGGAUCCUCUUGUAACCACUCCGAGGGCGACAACUGACGUGAUGAUGAUGGUAUUACAAUUUUUCAUUAAUAAUUAGGAAGAAUAUGAUCGUCCUGAAUAGGACUGUUGUUGAGAGUGACUAAUGUUUCAGCAACCUGUGUGGGAGUCGUCUCCAUUUUCAAAGUGAGUUGUAUCACGUCAGUUGAUUGAACAGUUCAACCUCUAUUAAGCGACCACGUAUUAAGGGGCCACCCUCUAUGGGUGGUCUGUCAGUUGAUCCAUGAUGUCUAACAAGAUUUUUAGAUAUAACUACUGAAAGUUAUAUCCUGGGUGGGAUUUUAAAAUUGUUAUACCUCUGAAGGUAAAGCAUUUUGAACAGAAUAGCGGCUGGCGUGUAAAGCGGAAUGUUGACAGUAGCAAGACAAAGCUCCAGUUCCUUGCUGCCGACUGGUAACAGUACAAUUAUGUCUUACUUUGUAGCUCCUAAUAAGGCAAAGCCUCGAUUGCAGAGACCUAGUGGAUGAGGCAAAAAGGUAUCAUUUGAGGCCAGAGUGUCGUUAUUUGAUGCAUAACAGUAGAACCAAGUCGCGUAUUGGCCUUGCAGAAGUAAUGUACGUCUUGGGAGGUUUUGGAAAUUUGCAGUCUCCAGUCGAUGUUGUGGAAAAGUAUGAUCCGGCUACAAAUCAGUGGUGUAUAGUACAGGUGAGCAUCGGCAGACUUACAACAGCUUGUAGUUAUUGAAAAUGAGUGUUGAGUGAUGUCAAAUCAGUGAAAGGUUCCGGCAAUUCUGCUUUUUUACAAAAAGAUCAACUCUGCUACUUGAAAAGAGCAGAAAAAUUAACUUUCUGCAUUUACUUUUCAUAGAACAACAUGCAAAAUUGUUACCUUUUUUGUUAAUGCUAGUCGAUUAUGUGAGAAGUUAAAAAAAGGUGCCUUUUUAGAAAAAAAAGGCGGGUAUUUUAAGCUUUCGGGUGAAAAUAUUUUAACGUCAAUAUUGUCCGCUUUUCAUCCAUUUCUCACUUUACCAAACAAAACUUUAAAGCGCGAAAAAGGUACCUUUUUUUCAGGUUGAAGCGAUCUCUUCAAAAGCGCGAAAAAGGUGCCUUUUUUUCAGGUGGAAGCGAUCUCUUCAAAAGCGCGAAAAAGAUACCUUUUUUGCGGUUUAGAAACGUUCCUAUCAAAAGAGCAAAAAAGGCUUUUUGCGGUUACAAGCAAUCUCAUCAAAAGCGCGUAAAAGGUACCUUUAAAAAUAAAUGACGUUUCAAUUAAAAUCCUACUGAUUGACAAAGCUUAAAAUCAAGCAUUUUCACGUCUUAGUCGUGCAGUGACGGCAAAGAAUUGUACAAAAAAGCGUGAUGCAUGUGCAGAGUUGUUGUUUGCCAAUCUAAACCUAUUGCUUUUUGCCGUUCCCGUUGUCUUCUCCGUCGUCGUUGCUUUAGCAUCCCUUGUGGCGAUAGACUUGGUGGGGAAAAAACGCGCAGAGUACUUUGAUAGAUCACUCGCAUUGGCGCUUUUGCAUCUUUAACUCAUACUGAAGAGUGUUUUUAACAAGCAGGGAGGUAUUUGAUUAAUUUUAUUCUUUUCAGAUUCUGUAUUUCAAGAUCAGCCUUUCUACGUUCCGUUUUGCUAUAAAAAUGAUCACAUUUGUUGCAAAUAUUGAAUUUUAUACAUACAUGAAUUUGUUUUUCUGUGUCGAAGUGUUAAUAUAUUUUGCUGGUAAAGCUGUUACAUUUUUUCGUGAUUUCUAAACUCUCUGACUUCAACCAUCUUAAUCUGUCCUCCAGCCAAUGAAAAGAAAGCGGCGAUACCUAAGUGCAGUUGCCUUGUAUAGCAGACUUUAUGCUAUUGGGGGCUAUGAUGCUUCUAGUCGAUUAAAUACUGUGGAAUGUUUUGAUCCGUCGACGUGCCAAUGGAAAGACAUGACACCCAUGUUACAGAGGCGUGGUUUGGCAGGAGCAACUACCCUAGGAGGUACAGUUCUUGCUAAUGAUAACAAUGUGAAUGCACAUUACAAAUGUUAGAAACAGGUUUUCCUGUGUUGGGAUCCUCUUUUGCCAUUGAUUAAAUCGACCUAGACGUUCGUUUGUAAAGUAGUUAUAUCCUGCUCAUUCAGCUCAGUGCAUUUGAAGGAAAGAAGAAAUGCGAGUCCUUUAGGGUUUACCACAACACAAGAGCAAGUACAAAAACAAUUUUCAUCUUGAUUAUUGCUUUAUAUGAUGAAGAGCAAGAGGCAACAGGAAAUGGAAACAGUUUGAACUGAUUGUAACAGUUCUAGUUGUGAUAAGGAGAAUUUAAGCCGUGUUUUUAAGCUACAAAAGAGAGCAGCAGGGGUAAUUUCCGACGCUAAUAACCAGGCGUCUAGUGUUAAGCUUUUUAAUAGUCUACAGUGGCUUCCUUUUUGUGAAGAAGUGAAAAUAGCUAAAUGUUGUCUGGCAUACAAACGUUUCAAGGGUGAAGUUCCCUUAUAUAUUGAAGUGUCCUUAAAGUGCUACUACGACGAAAAUUUUUGUUUUUGUUUCCGAGUUUUUUUAACAUAAAUCUUUUGUAUAUGUUCAAAAUUAUACAAACAGCGAAAAAUUGGAACGAUACUUGCGUACGGGGGCUGGAAAUUUCCCACUGAAAAGUGCGUAAAUACCGUCCGCCAUUACAAAGUUCGCAAAACAAUAGCCCGCGAGAUCUCCGCAAAGCGGUCGUGCGUUUGACCACGUGAUUUAUGCACUGUGACGUAGAAACAUCAACCAAAACAUUCGCAUUUGGGAAAAGUUUGUGAGUUUAGAGCCUUUUAACAAGACGUUUAAGAUGUCAUCUCCGUCGGAUUCCUCUUCCUGCACAUCUGAAAGUGAUCUAGAAAGUUUUACAGUUGACGAAGUGAUUGGGGAAUUGUCUGAAUUUGCGCCGUACGACGACAGUUGCGAACCCCUUGCUACCGAGGAAGAAGCCGCGGACUACAACGAAAGAGUUCAUCGCGAAGAAGAAGAGGAACAACAGUUUCAACGAAGAUAUUCGGGAGAGGUGCCAGCGAAUGAAUGGUAUGGUAUUAUCAUGGAAUGUAGAUUUAUAUUUUUAUUUUCCAAUUUCAACAUACCCGUCGUUAAAUCGUGCGCGUGACGAACGCGACUAUGUGUUUUGUUUAAGUUUACAAUUUCGUUGCUAUGUGAUUAGCUGUAGUCCUGAUUUUAUGCGAUAGUUUUAUUGAAGAGGUCAGACAAUUAAUAAUUUUAUACAGACGUAUUUUUCUUGUGUUUGACGAAUUUUUCACAUUAUUUUGCAGGUGUUCGUGCUCGAACUGCUCUGUCAGCCUUGUUACAAAAGCGCAGGAGUGCAUUUGCUGCAAAGAGAUCGAUCGCUGCGAAGAGGUCAUGGAAGAAGCCAUUGGAGACCGGACCGUAUGCAUAACCCUCCAUCCAGGGUUUGAAAGCGUCUGCUUAAACCGCCACGUAUUAGAAGUGGCUGCACUGGGCCUAAAAACGCGAGCUGGAAAGUCGUACACAACUGUUCGUGGGCAAAGCAACAAAAGUGAUGAUGAGUAAGUUGGGGUAUUGUUGACUUUGUAUCGGAACGAUCGAACCUUACAUAGCAUUGAAUAAUUGAUACAUCUAAGCUUAUCGCCGUGGACUGAUCUCAUAGAAUCACAUUUUUUAUUUUCUAAAUGGCUUUAUUGCCCCAACUGCUUAUUUUUAAAAGGAGUAUUUAUUUAUCUCCAUCCAAUCCCUCCUUGAAUUAACAGUGAUCUCAUUUCUCUAACUAGAUUCCUGAGGUCUGUGGCCUAUCGCCAAUUUACAAGACUGCUGUGGAGUUAUAUUGGUAGUUCCAGGCGAUACCCCUUGCCCUGUUGUGCCUACAAUAAAAUCAGGAAACAAUUUCCGAGUCAAAAUGGCCAUUAUCGUGGAUUCGAAGAUGAAGAAAAUGAAUAAUAAAUGCACUGUUUGUUCUUGAAGAGUGUCAUGUAUGCCAUUGGGGCCAAGAAGGACCUACAGUAGUUGCUUGAAUACUUGUCCGUAAGCACUUAAUUUUAUGGGCCAAACUUCAGAAUUCUCAGCCACUUACUCGCUUUUUGUUGAAUGACAAACUUGCCCACUGUGUGAAGCCCUGUUCUUCUAGCGUUCAGUUAAACUCAAGUUUAGUGGCUGGGAAUUCUGAUGUUGCUCCAAUUUUCAUGUACACAAGUAAUAAAAAUUAAAUCGAAUUCAGCCUGAAUUUAAUUACAGUUUUAAUGUAUCGUUUCUUUCUUUUCACUCGGCUCACAGAGCACUGCAAAACUUAAUAGCAGGUUACCUGCUGGAAACUUUCCUAGCAGGUCUGGUUGACUCUUCCAGACUUUUGUCUGGCUACAGUUUCUGCAGAAACUUUCUACGGUUAACAAGGUACCUGUCUGUGAUACAGAAAGUUUGGGUUUUGAAAAGAAGCACAAGUGGCAGAACUGAAACAAAAGAAGAAGUUUGGAAAGGAAAACAAUUCCCUUCGGUUCCUCUCGAAUGUUUUUUCCUUGUAGAUCCAACCUGUAAAAAAUGAUUGAAAGGAAAUACUCAUUUAAUCAUAGCAUCUGAAAUAAUAAAAUAACAAUAAAAAAAUGAUUAUCAUUUUUAUUGUUUUUCUCAGGGUGUUGCCAGUUUUUCAACUUGUUGUAAACCUGGCUAAUUGUGGGUUGGGAUUUUAUUCUCACAUACAUCCUGAAAAAUGCUUUUUUAUAAUAAUUCUGUUGAUUGCACACAUGACAACUUUGAGCCCUUAAGCUAUCUAGCCCACCCCAACGAUGCAUAAUUUAUUACAAGUGGUUGAGUGGACAAACCAAACAUUUUUAGGCCUGGGACUUCCAGUCUAUGGGCUGGCUAUGCCUCUUCUUUUUUUUUUUUUUUUUUGCAAUUCUUAUCUGAGUAAAUUAAAAAACAAAUUUCAUGUACUCUUGUUUCUAAAUAGAUCCUCUCAUACUGGAAGUUAGUUUUAGGCCUAAAUCACUUCCCAGAGGAUACUUAGAGCUAAGAUGUUAAAAUGCAAUAAAUUUUGCAUCUUUGUACCUUGGGUUCUGAUGAGUCUUCACCGAGUCAUCAUCUUCCUUUAGUUUUUUAUAUGCAUCUUCGAUUUCUUCAGGACUCCAUGUAGGGUCUUCAUCACACUCAAACUCCUCAUACGCGUCGUCCUGCAUUUCCUGCUCAUCUUCUGAUUCAUCCUCUAGCCCUAACUCUGUCUCAUUUGUUACUGGCCAUGGAUCAGUUUGAAUAGCUUAAACAAAUGGAAUUAAAAAAAUUCUAUCACCAUUAAAAUUUUAAUUAUUAUUAAAUAAUCAAAUAUUGAUAAAAUAUAAUAAAAAUAUAAAGAUAGGCAGUUAUGCCUAUAUGACUCAUCAACAUCAAUUAUUGUUGACUCACCAGCAUUCACCAUCAGCAACUGCUUCGGCUCUUGUAUGCUCUUAAAGGUUUCAACCCACUGAUCUUGAUUGGAGAUUAACUUACUCUUCAGUCUUGUGACUUUGCCCCUUAACUGAGUCACCUCACUCCUCAGGGUUUUGCAUGUUGUGCAAUUCCCAGCAUGUCCAGUUGGAGUAUCCUACAAAAAACAAACUUUCAACAUUAAUACAGGCUGUAAUAACAAGACUUUAGAAUUUUUGUGUUUUAGUAUUGUUGUAAAAUAACUGCACAUGUAGUUUUCCAUUGUUAUGAUAAUACAAAGAUGCAAAUAAACAUUAAUUAGAGUUAUGCGCCUACCAUAGAAACCUGUUCAAGUUCAGGAAUCGUUAAUGAUUCAUCAAUCUGCAUAACUUCAUCCAUAUCCUGCACUUUUUCGAUUCCCUGAGCCUCCAGGAUCUGCAUGGUCUCAGUAACCUCAUCAGUGCCUGAAAUCCCUUGGCUCUCGAGAGCUGUCUUAUCACCAGGAGUACCUAGGACCUCUGAAGCCAUCUCAGCAUCAACACUUAUCUCACCCGUCUCAGUCUCAGGGAUGCAGCCCUCCUUUUCAGGAUUUACCUCAAGCAAAGAACCCUGACUUGUAUUCAGAACACCCUCGACUUCUGGAGACUCCUCAGGGUUGAGAUUGGGAGCCCCCAUAGUGUCAGCACUCUCCUCAGGUGCAGAACUUCCUUUCAAAGAGAUCACCUCUUCUUCAGGAUUGUCUUCUUCCUCUGUAUCCUCAUUAGUAGUUUGACCAGCCAGAAUUUCAUUUAGUAGCUAAAAAUGAAAAUAGGUACGACCAUUUUUUAUAUCUCCCCUUCAAAACAAGUUUAAAUUUGAGCUUUAUGUCGAUGUUUUCAAAACUAGAAAUGGAAGCAAGGUUUAACCACAUCUUUGCCUUAAAAUGUAUGCAUCAUUUGCAGACAGUGAAAAUAGAAUUAAAAUACAAACGAAAAAAAAAAACCCGCAAACAGUAACUGAACUUAUAGAAUGUAGAAAUCAGACUAAGUCCAUUUUUGGUCGUUUUAAAAGACUCGCGUGUAACUCUUAAUUUGCUGUAAGAUUUCUUGGAGGGAAGUUUGGAGUACUGUCAAAUCUCAAAGUAACAGCAAGAUAAUCUCUCAAAAAAUAGAGAGCCGGAUUUCUAUGUAGCUUCACUUUUUCUAAAUUUUACGCUUGAGUGGAAAGGUCUGGGAAUUGGGGAAUUGACUUCACGUCCACUCAGCGCAAAUGCCCGUUUUACUAUAACUAUGAGAAGAAAGCAGAAAAGUAUGAAAACACAUGCAACAAUAUGGGAAGUCCAAAUAGUCAGAGCAUUCAUUACACGAAUAUUGAACAACGAUGCCAGAAAAAAUCAUGUCACAGGUAAAUGGGGAAAUAAAUAUAAUGGUGAUAAGCACAGCGCAAAUACAUUGUAAUUUCACUCACCGAUCGUCGACUCCGCUUUGAUAGUGUUUGAGAGGAUUUUUUCCAAAUGGUUGGAAACGUCCCCUUCUUCAAAUUCCUUUUCAUGUCUUUCAUCGGAAAAGCAAGCGUAAAACAAUCCCUUGUAAAAUGCUCCGAUCACACAGCAAAUUUUCCGACUGGGUUGAAAUCCUUCCGAUGAAUCGACACGAACCUUUUCCACUUUAAUCUAACGCUGCCCGAAUCAGGAGAAUUAUGAAUAGAAAUCCCCAAUUCAUCGUUCUUUACGUUUCCACAGUCCUAAACAACACAACGUCUACCAGGCAUACUUUCGCUUUAAGUCAAAAAAGCGAAGAAAGAACCUCCAAAAGCUUCCAAAAAUAUCUCGUCCUGCAUGCGAAAUUAGCCACGUUUGUUUGCCUUGUUUUGCGGCGUUGAUGUUUCUACGUCACAUCUCGCCCCAACUCCUUCAAAUACUACUCCCGGUCAUUUUUUGAAUCGAGUAAUGGCGGCAAGACAUUUACGAAAAUUGCCGUGCAAAUAAACACACUUCCAGAUCAUAUUUGGACUCCAAACUUGGCACGGUAAGUCACUUUUACAUACAUUUUCGAAAUAUGUAAUCAAAAACAAAUUCCCAAAUUUGAUCGUAGUAGCACUUUAAGACUCAACAGUCAGCAACAUAGUCGUGUAACUAGAUAUAGUAAUAUAAAUUUUAUUUGCCAAAAAUUUUAUCGGGUGACCGAAGGCGGUAGGACGUUCGCAGUUUCUACUUGCCAACACUGGAACAGCUUAAGUCUAGAAUUUAGAAAUGUAGUAUCACUAUAGAAUCCUUUAAGAAUAAUUACCGAAAUAUCUUAUUUAAACAGCAGCAGGAAUUACACCAUUUCAUAGUUUAAUUAUAUUCUUGAAUAUAGUUCACUAGCCAUAUCAUUAGCUCUUAUACUCAUUGAUAUUGAUGUAGAAUUUCUAUAUUUCCUUAGUUUUAUUUAUUUUGUACUUAGAAUUUGUAUAUUCGGAAUCUUAUUUUUUUUGUAAUUUUAAUGUAGAUAGAGUACCACAAGUUUACUAGUUCCUGUAACUAUUCCGUGCUACCCUCUUUAAAUAAAGUGUAUUAUUAUUAUUAUUAUUACUAUUAUUAUUAUAAGAAAAGAAUCGUUAUUACAAAACCUCAAUUAAAAUCCUAUUUACAAUCAACCUGCUGUUACAAGAAAUCUAAUUAAUUCAUCAAAACACUAUCUACAAUUCCAUCCGUUACAAAAGAAAUCCCUCGGCCUUCAUUAGAGAACAAAAACAAUCCUAUAUAUAAUAAGUGAAGAAAGAAAAAACUAUUCAUUUACAAAUUCUAAAAAAUGGAAGUAACUUAACCUUACAUAAAAGAAGAGGAAAUAGAUAUAAUUAAUAAUAAAAGUUCAAAAUUCUAUAAAAUUAAGAAUUCCAUUAUGCAGAGAUAUUAAGAUCAAGCAAUCGAAUUAUACUAAUGACGGCUAAACCAGUGUCCAUAAAAAGCCCUAACUAUAAAAGCAUAUAGACACGUAUUUCAGAUAUCCGCACUAGCGACAUUUAUUUUACAGUCUAAUGAUUGCUCUAUUUUGCUACGAAACGGCGUUCGCGAACCUCUGACGCAUGCAUGUACCGAUCUUAAGAGUUCAAACGAGAUCUGUGUCCUGAGCCAAGUGAUUACAACAUGAUAAGGCUCGGUGUCUUUCUGAGCUAUCUUGUCUGCGAGAUGCUUUAUUAUUAUUAUAACAGGUCUAAAGUAUUUCUCUUCAUUGGAAAACAGGGAAAAUUUAUGUAGCUGGUGGAUUUGACGGUACAACAAGGCAUACUAGCGUGGAGUGCUAUGACCCAACAAUCGACACAUGGACUCUUGUCAGUGAGAUGCAGACUUCAAGAGAAGGUGCUGGCCUAACAAACCUUGAUGGCGUACUGUACUCUGUGGGUGGAUAUGAUGGAAACCGUAUUUUAAACAGUAUUGAACGGCUUGAUUCUAGGACUGGCCGCUGGACUAGCUUAGCUCCUAUGAGUACCAGAAGAUCAGGUAUGAAUACCAGGGUAACUAGUAUUUGCAUCAAAACAAUUCUCAGCACUGCAGGGGAUUCCAAUUUUUUUAACCCGCAGUUUGAGCUCUAUCUCUCUUUAUGAUGAAACUGUAUGAACGUGGCGGUCGACAAAAGCUGGAAGAAAAUUCCCCUUUGCUAAUUGAGGACAACUUAAAAACAUUGAUAAAUUUCCUAACCCUAAAAAAGUAGACUUAGUAUUAGGCCACAAUAGGUGACAAAUGGAAAUGAGAAAGAAUGAACUCAGUCUUUCGUACGUCGUAGGAAGAGGAGCCAGGUUGGAAUAAAUCACAGACUUUCUGUAGAUGGAGAUUUUUCUUUGUGCAGGAGAUUAAAACUCUCCUCUAUUAGUCUGUUGUAUAUAAUUGACUUAAGCUACUAGUUUCUUGUAUCCGUAUUGUUUGUCUUCAAAAAUCGCCUUAAGCUCGCUUUCUGAAUGCGCUCCAUUUUCCUCCUUUCACUUUCUCUACAAGAGUCAUCCCAGAUAAGCUGACAGUAGGUUUAAUUUCAAAGGAUGGCCCCUUUGUACAAUUGUAACUUUGCAGCUGUUGGUAUUAGUUUUUUUUAGGCUCACGAAAACCCUAAUCCUUUGACUGUUACCAGUAGAUGCAAAAGAGUUGGCGUACGUCGUAAAACGCUUUCCGCUUGAAAACUUUUCUCUUUAGUCGAUUCUUUAUUACAUAGCAUAACAUAAUGUUUCUAUAGCGCUUAUACUUAGGAGUUUUAAGCCGUUUUAAUAUAAAAUCGUAGUUUUCACUCCAGAAACAAGCAGAAAUGACUGCCGUCUUACUGUUACUUGAACUACAGGUAACUUCUCCAUGUGCUGUACAAGGCGAAAAGACAACGACCGUACUCUAUACUUGACACCAUUUUUUUACUUUGGGCUCAAGUUUCAUUUUCUGCCGUAGAGCUGAAGCUUGCCUGGUACGCGAUACUUCUUUCGUCGUUCUCGUUCCAUAUGGAACGUGGCAUAUUUUCCUUCGUGGAACCAUUCAGCUUUCAGUUGAAGUUAACAAAUUGGUGAGCAAAGAUAGAUCUUUCCAGCGAUACCUCGUUUUGGAUAUUCUGACCAAUCCUAACAGAGUUACACUCGCAAAAAAGGUAACAUUUUGGAGAAAAAUCCACUGCCAAUUCGCUGUUUACCUUCUACUCUUUGAAGAUUAAAUUUGUCCCUUUCCUAAAAGGUUGGCCCGCCACUAUUCCAUGCAAGAUAAAGUGGGCAACAAAACUGCUAUUAAAGAAGAAAGGCAAAGGGGAAAAAAAGCAAGUCCAGAUUUUGGCUUGUGCGCAUGUAUGAAAAACAAAAAAGCUGUUUAAUUACGUCAGAUUAGUAGCAAAAAAUAUGCCUUUUUAGUGCAAAACUCAUUUUCAGCCAUUCUUAUGCUAAUUAGCCGAAAACCAGUCCAAAGAAGAGGAAUUGGUGAAAAAUGCGGUUUUUUCGCUACUUGCCGGUCGUCACCAAAGGGUUAAAGGGAAAGGGGAACGUGAAAUCAGUGCGCGCGAGGAAGGGGAGAAGGAGACGCCUCGGCGCAAUGGCGGUAUUGUUUGACGAUCUUGUGUGCUUAAUAAUUUCCCCGUCCCCUUCCCCCUCAAAUGCCUGUCUGUGUCGGAUGCUUGAGCUUUCUCCCAUUCGUCCCGUUGCCUAGGCCACCGCGAUUAAUCGUUCUGUUCGAUUCACGAUUCUUUGCUUCCACGUUUCGAUUUUGCUUCGAUUUUUGCAUACCUUUUCCAGGGUGCCCUCAGUGAGUUAUUAUCUUGUAAAAUCAGAAUCCAGAACUCUUUAAAAUGUGCGUUUUUGAUUGACGAGCAAAGACAAUAGCAGUUCGUGCACCAUUUUGUGUUGCCUGGUAAAUAUGCUGUCCUUCAACUACCCUUGAGAAUUUCCAAAUAAGGCAAACUAUCUGUGCCAGGAUCUCAAACAUGGCGAUUAACCAAGCGACUGUGAAUCCUCCUGUCCCUGUUACUAUUCUCAAAUUGAGGGUUUAGGGUUGCAUGUUGUUAACAUUACACGUUAUGGUAUAACAAUUAAGAAACAUUUACAUAAUCGAAUCGAAAUAAUCGAAAUCGAAAAACAAUAAUCGAAAUCGAAUUGAAUCGCAAGGAAUAUGAAUCUUUACACCCCUAUAAGUAAUCUUUUUGCAUUUCUUUCCCGAUUAGAAAGAUGCGCAGAGCUGAAAAUAAACUUACCAAAAUCCCAGGGUUGUCAUUAAGAGCCAGGGGCCGGGAAUUUUCCCCGGCUACUUUUAUUGGAAAAUAGAAGAAAAAUAGAACCAAAAGAAAUCCCUAGCCGUUUGAUUCCCCGCCUACUUGUUGUGUUUACCCGGCAACUUGAAAUCUUAGUGACAACCCUGCCAAAAUCCGAAAUGUUAUGGCUUGGCUCAAUGAAACACAGAAAGGACGGAGUUUGAGAUCUUCAGAUAAAAGAUGAGCCUGUCUACGCUUUAGGCACGUAUUUCUCGAACGAUGAUUAGCUAUCGGACCGGGGAAACUUCCUCGAAAAGUUCACGAAGUUAGAAAAAACUUUAAACUUUUGGCCUCAAAGGGAAAUCUCAGUCUACGGAAGUAUAGAUAUUAUCACAACGUUAGCCCUUUCAAAGGUCAUUUUUGUCUGUAGUUUUAUGGAAAUGCCACCUCGUUUUGCUGAAGAAUAAGUUUCAAUUCAAGAUAUUAGUCUCGCUUGUGUAAGCAGCUAGACUAAUAAUCUGUAAGCCGUUUUUCUUCUUGUUUAGGAUACAAAAAGGGAGUCAUGCUCCCAGGCGUUCUAGCGGAGACCGUGGAAACUGGGAAUAAGAAUCUUUGCGUGACCGAAGCUACGCAUGUUUGCGAAGAAAGCUCAGGAAAGAUUAAAUUUAGAGCUUUCCCAGAACAGGUCGGUCCACGAAUUCUAUCGCUUGAAAGUGUUGAUUACUUUAGAACAAGUGAACACUACAGUGGUCCAAAAAAAAAGAAGAAUCUUAAUUAGCAAAACUGCGAUGUUCGAGUGUUGUAAACUUUCACUGUAUGUAAAUGGGACUUGUGAUGAGGAUGCAAUUUAUUUUCGGCGAUGAUUGAGAUGACUUGCCAUGUAAAUCACUUUUUUUUAUCUCUGGCAAUGAUGUAAUUUCUCUGGAAUAGAGGCCCUUGAAUUUUCGUGUGUUUAUACACGCGUAUAACCUGCGACCGCAGACGUAUUUCCGUUCGUCGCUAACACGCGUACUAAAUCAAUUCAGAAACAAAAAAAGGUAAAUACCCUGAAGAUUACACGACCGUCGAUCAAGUAGGAAGUGAAAAACCUUUAGCGAGUAAAUCCUGUUUCGUGUAGAAUUAAUCGCCUCCUCAUUUCUCGAUCUAAUCUCCAAGCAAGCGAGACUUAUCGCCGCUGUAAGAGCGUUCUUGUUAAUCGAAUUCUGCCCACGAAUAGCUUAGUAUAUAAAAUGAAGAAACUAGCCUGUGUACAGACGUCCCCGUUCCCUCAGGAAAAAUCGGGAGAGGAGACGUCGUCUCCUCUCCCGAUUUUUCUUGAGGAAGGUGGACGUCUGUACACAGGCUAUGAAGAAACUCGAAUCUUCAAAUUGAAUUGCCCAUUUUGCCCUUCCGAUGCCCUAUUUGGCACUUGUUUAUAAAAUGUACGCAAGCCAGCUCUUUCUGGGUAGAUUUCCAAGACUGGUUCAGUUGCCACAAAGAGAAAAACCUUCAACUUUCAAAUUUAGAUGUUUUAUAUAAUUGCACAUUUCACUCUUCUUGUCACUGUUUAAACCUAAACCAUGUCAUAAUUAUAGGAAGUACUUCCCAUACACUAAUGUCGUUGCUAAAAACAAAUUUCAGUACGAUGACUUUAUAUCUCUCAUCACAACUAAAGCGGGCGAACAAGAUAAAUACAGAAGAAAGUGGGAUUUCAUACAAAAUAUUUUAUCUCAUUCUCCCUGCCAUGUAUUUUUCUCUCUGUUAUAUAACAAUACAGCUGUGAAAACCAAAAAUGAUCUCAUGUAAUUUUUGACUGUGUUUUAACCGUGGUUGUAACGUUUAUUAAGUAACCUAUUAUUAGUGUUUGUGUUCUUGUAAUUUAAAGUGCUUAAGUUAAAUAAAGUGAAUUACAAAUAAAGAAAUAAAAGCAACCCAAGCUCUUUUGGUAAGAAAAGAAAGUUCUCUCAGAAGGAAAAAAGUGUUCAGCCAUGUGUAUGUAUGCAGUGACAGCAAGUCUAGUCUUUUACCACGUAGUUGAUCAGUAUUUCUUUUCAAUACAGGUGCUGGAAUAGUAGUGCUUGAUAGCCAACUAUUUGCUGUCGGAGGCUACGAUGGAAGUCAACACUUGUCAUCUGUGGAGUGUUACAGCUCAUGUAAUGAUCAGUGGAUGAGCAUUGCAGAAAUGAAGUCAAACCGGUGCUAUGUAGGCACGGCAGUCAUGGGCGGCAAGCUUUAUGCGGUUGGUGGUUACGAUGGUUUUUCUUUGUUGGACUCUUUUGAGAGAUAUGAUCCAUUGCUACAAGAGUGGACUUCAGUAAGCUCCAUGGCAACAAGUCGAUGUGAUAUGGGAGUCGCUGUUCUAUAUGGAGAUUGA